GUAACAGUCCUAACACCAAUCUUACUACUCCCAAUUCCUUGCCUGUGGAGAGUGAAGGUGAGAAGAUGCGCGUACGUGAUCCUGAUAAUGAUCGUGUACUGGAUGACCGAGGUGAUCCCCAUGGCAGUGACCGCCCUGAUCCCAAUCGUUCUCUUCCCAUGGCUGGGUGUCAUGGACUCGAAGGACAUCUGUAUAAAUUAUCUCAAGGAUGCGAACAUGUUGUUCUUUGGUGGGCUGUUGGUCGCAGUGGCUGUUGAGAAGUGGAACCUUCAUAAGAGGGUGGCCCUCAGGGUGCUCAUGCUGGUCGGCUCCAAACCCAAGUGGAUCAUAUUCGGUUUCAUGGUGGUGACAGCCUUCCUGUCCAUGUGGUUGAACAACACGGCCACAACCGCCAUGAUGAUGCCCAUCGCUCAGGCGGUCCUCACCGAACUCGAUGACAACCGCAAGAAACAACUCGAAAUAAAAAGAACUGAAUCAAGAGUCAAGAUGGCAGCCACCCUGGCAAGCAUGACUCCGGAAGAAGUGGACAGCCAGAAAAAGUUCAGCCUCUUCAGGACGGCCCUCAAACUCUCCAUCCCCUUCGCAUCGAGCAUCGGAGGGACUGGCACCUUGAUCGGCUGUGGGCCCAACAUCAUUCUCAAGGGACAGAUGGAAAUAUUAUAUAGCACAAGCAUGAUAAACUUCACUUCCUGGCUGGUCAUCGGCAUGCCGGCCAUGGUCCUCGACCUCUUCUUUGCCUGGGUCAUCAUUCUCUUCAUCUUCUUUGGGUUCAGAGAAACUUUUGGAAGGAAUAAGGUUGAAUCUGACGAUACGGCUAAUCAAGUCAUCAAAACGGAGUACAUCAAACUAGGGAAGAUGACAUUUGCGGAGAUGGUAGUGGGCGCCAGCUUCCUCGUCCUGGCAUUUCUGUGGGUGAGCAGGGAGCCCGAGUUCGUGAAGGGGUGGGUUAAAUAUGUCUGGUUGGUUGGCUGGCUUUUCGUGACAGACGCAUGUGUAGCCAUCACCAUCUGCGUUCUUCUUUUCAUCCUCCCGUCCAAGUUUCCAAACUAUCUCUGCUUUAGACGAAGGAGAGAUGCAGACCCUCCGAAACCAGCUCCUCCCAUCUUGGACUGGCCGACAGCCAACAAGCAGAUGCCCUGGAGUGUCAUCCUUCUGCUGGGGGGUGGGUUCGCAUUGGCUGAUGCUUGCAAGGUUUCGAAACUCUCCGAAUCGAUCGGUCAGUUCCUGAUAAGUUUGAAGAACCUGCCCCAGGUGGUGGUCAGCAUGAUCAUGGUCGUCUGCGCGUUCGUCAUGACGCAGUUCACCAGCAACAUGGCCACGACUACCAUCAUGAUACCCAUCCUGGCACAGAUAUCAUCGGAGACCUGCAUCAACCCUCUCUACCUCAUGCUCCCCGUCACCAUCGCCUCAUCCUUCGCCUUCAUCCUGCCAGUCGGCACUCCCCCCAACGCCAUUGCCUACUCGUACGGGGACAUCACUAUUGUUCAGAUGGUGAGCAGGUGCUGAUGACGAUGAUGAUGACGAUGAUGAGAUCACCAAUUAUUAUUCAACCAACUAAACAAUUACUAUUUCGCUAGAGAUAAACCGUAUAGCGAAUUUGCAUGAAUUCAGAAUGUAGUUGAUUCGAAAACCGAAUACUAAAAAGCCACAAAUU